UUUUUCCCUCCUCCCUCCCUCUUCAGACUUUGCUUUCGGGUUGAAAAAGUAGUUUUUAAAACACAAUCCUCGAUACCAACCACAAACCCCGCCAUGACAAUCGAAGUGCCAACAUGUGUUGUGGUUUCGGCCGAAUUUGUUGAAGAAGAUAUUGUGGAAUCGGAUGUUUCAGACGAUGAAUGCGACGACGACGACGAUUUGAGCGCAAGUUCUGACGAUGAGAGCUGCUCGAGCAGAUGGGAAAAGAGUCUCCCUCCAAGCUCACCGGUGGCUGCUGUCAGUCCUCGCAAACCGGAGCGUCAGAGGAGUUUGCGAAGGCCGAGGCGUGGCGUUCGUGAUAUUGGGCAGCUAGGCCAGGACCAUGUCGAGGGAUCUAUGCAUAGUCGAUCCAUCCCUGGCACCCAGAAGCCUCGAUGCCCCAAGCAGAGCCCUCGAUGCCCCAGGCGACAAGCCAGCAGCGAAGGCGGCAUCAGGGUUCCAUCUCGAAAACCUGUUUCGGUGGAAAUGUCUUUGCGAAUGUUGCUUCGAAAGAACGAAGCUGAGGGACCUUUGCGGCAGAAUCGACGAUUCACAUGCGGAACUGGCAAUGCGCAGUUCAUGACCCCAAGCUGUCCAGAGUCCAGAGCGGCGCGACAACGCACCAGCGCCAUCUUAUCCAUGUGGGACCAAGAUUCCAGCAGUUCGAUGGGAAGAGAUAUCCUCCCUCCUCGACCAAGACGCAUGCGAUCCAUCAACAAGACACUGGAACAACAGCUGCAGACAGCAAUCGAUGCAUUGAACAAUUGCUAAAUGUUGAUAACUCUCUUGAGUAGGACAAUACAGUUUGGGAUAAGACUAGUUUAGAAACAACUC